AUGACGAGUUUUCUCAAGCUUGUAGUCGUUGGGAUGAUUCUAGUGGGAGUUGCUCAUGGAGCCAGUGUGGCCACUGCUGAUGCUAAGGGCACUAACUGUACAUUGACCGAUGGUUUCCAGGCUCUGUCUUGUAUAAUGCGGCUCUCUGACUUUGCCGAAAAGAUUGAUGAGCUCGACAUGGACGACAAAAAUGAGGUUAAGGAAUUCAAAAAGAGUUGUGAUUCUCUUGAAAAAUGCUUCUCUAUGCUCACCUGUGGCAAGCAACAAGACGCUGAGACCAAGCAAGCCGUUUCAUCCAUCAGGAACUACUGUGAUGCCGUUGUUUACAUGGCUGCGGAUUUCGGAGAAUGCAGUGAGAAGUUGGAGAAAAAUAAGUCUGAAUGUUUCGAAAAUUGGGAUCCCUUCCCGGAUGCAAUUGAUGAGGAGAAGGAUGAGAAGAAGAAAGAGGAGCUGAAAAAGAAUGCAUGCAAGAACUACUUUGGAAAAGAUCAGUGCUUGAAGAAGUUGAUUACCGAAACGUGCAGUGAGAAAGAAUGGCAAGGAUUCCGUGAUCACUUCAUCUCUAUCAGCAGCGUCUUGCUCACGUGCGACUUCAAGGAUGUCUAA